AUGGAUCCUACCGAACAACCAGAGGCUUGGGCCAUUCUUGACGACUGGCCCAAUCUUUUUGAUACCGACUCCUUGCUCACCAGCCCGUAUGUGGAAUCUAUCAACACAUUACCAAUUGCAGAGACUUCAAUGCCUCGCGCAGUGCGUGGCGUGGAUAAUGCAUUCCCUCCAGCGGCCGCGACUCACGCUCCAUUGUCGCAGCAGCACAGCGCUGCUUUAGCACCAUCAUCAAAUGACAUCGAUAACCCGUUCUUCUCGAGUCGGGUAGCUACGAUUUGGGAUGGGCUUGAACAAAUCAAUUCUCUGACCAUUGGCGGGCUAUCCCAACUUCCUACAUACCCUCAUACGGAAACUGGAGUGCCCUCUACGAAGUCUGACCAAGCGCCGGGUAAUAUUAAUGACUGUUCAAACCAGUUAACUCUUGACUGUCAUCAGCCAACACCUUCGAAAGUCGGGAAACGCUUUUCCUCAAGAUUAAAUAAGAUUCUGAAGACUUGGUUGGCAGACCACGCUGAUCACCCCUAUCCUGGCGUCAGAGAUAUUGAGCUCAUGCAGAAGCAGACGGGCCUAAGCAGACACCAGAUUGUCAAUUGGUUCGGCAAUGCCCGGAGGCGGACAAAGACCAAGCCUGGACGACCACCGACACCAGUACCAUCUUUUCUACAAAAAAAUAGAACACAUGAACAAAAUAUAUCUUUUGAAGAGAUGAACCCGCUCCAACGAUGGCAAAAUUCACCACCCGAAUAUGAACCAGCCACAGCCUCCGCAAUCGCUAAAGCAGUUUGUGGUCUCUCUGUAUCGGAUGGCUACCCUAGUAUGCCAGUGGAAGAUAUAUCUCUGGUAAACUCAUGGGGAAAUGACUCAAGCAGCGCAAUCACUUCAAUGUCUAGCAACAGUUCUCUUUGUUCUGUCUGGUCGGCUGGCUCUCAUCGGUCAGGCGGAUUGCUCGACCAUGGAAGAAAGUUGAUCAGGCGCAGACGACGACGAUCUCGGACGAAUCGGUUAGAGCUCAACAGACCUAAUAAUCCCCUACAGUCAAUAUGCCAUCCAUAUCAAUGCACCUUCUGUACGGAAACGUUCAAAACGAAGCAUAACUGGCAGCGACACGAAAAAUCCUUGCAUCUGUCUUUGGAGCAAUGGAAAUGUUCGCCCCAAGGACCAACUGAGCGGAACCCCGAUAGUGGCAAGUUACAGUGUGUUUACUGUGGACAAAUUGAUCCUAGCCAGAAUCAUAUAUCGGAACAUAACUAUGCUGCUUGUCAACACCGUGAUGUAGGUGAACGGACAUUCUAUCGAAAAGACCAUCUACAGCAGCAUCUAAAACUAGUACAUGAUACGAAAUUCAUGAGCUGGCCUAUGGAGCUAUGGAAACAGGAAAUCGCAACUUUGCGGUCGCGAUGUGGCUUCUGUGAGCUAACCCUGGCCUCCUGGGUUGAUCGAACGGACCAUCUGGCAGAACACUUCAAAGAAGGACAAACAAUGGCCAGUUGGAAAGGGGAUUGGGGUUUCGAUAACCAUGUUCUUGACAUGGUGGAGAAUUCUAUGCCUCCAUAUUUGAUACACUAUGAACGAAACUCUCCAUGGCCUUUCACAACUCAGCAAGGUCCUGUGGAGUCUCCAAUAAAUGCAUUCGAGUUAAUCAAACUGGAAUUGAGUUACUGGGUAAACAACAUAAACGCGACAGGGACUUUACCUACUAACGAAGAGCUUCAGUAUGAGGCUUGCUGCAUCAUACUUGGCUCUGAGAUGCUUUCAAAAGCAUUUGAAGAGCCAGGGCCGUCUUGGCUAAGAGACCUACUGAUGUCUUCAAAAGACAUAGUGAAACAGGCCCGAAUUCGUCCUAUGAAGACUUCUCUGAAAGCCCGAAUCACGCCGCUUAAGAUACAUGGCAAAGGAAAUAUUUUUGAGAAUUGUAAUGCAGAGGAACAGCUUCGGAAAUAUGUCGACUUAUCUAUAUCAUCAGGCUUAAUGAUUGGGUAUUCAGAGCUUCAAUCCGAGGCGAGUAAAAUUAUUGCCUCAUUAGACGCAUCAGUCACAAACCCUUCACCAUUAUUUGUCCGCUUCUUGAACAAUCUGAUAUUUGCAUCAAAUCAAUGGCUUAUACCAUUUCAUGGCCGCUCACAUCUUCAACUAGGAGGAGGAAUUGUUUCAGGGCCACCAAAGAUAGUACAAGGCAAUGCUGCCUAUACAUUUGGGGGAAAUCUGAUUCAGGCCGCCUACUCGACUGAAUUCGCAAACGAUCACACAAUUGAGACUAUACGGGGCCACAAUUUGGCAUCAGGAAAACUGACUCCUUACAUUCAAGACGAUAGCAACUGCUAUAGACGUCUAACUAGAGAGUUAUCUCGUUUUGUAGCGAGCGCCAUCUCUCCAAAUAACCCGAACAGACACAUUCCCUCUGAUGAGGAGCUACAAUACCAAGCAAGAUGGAUCAUGUUCGAGGAAGACGAUCCGUGGAAUCAGACGCCAGCAGAUAAUCCACAGUGGCUAGAGGAUUUCAAGACUAAUGUUGGCUUACUACUGUAG